ACCAUUCAAGAUAAAUUUCGAGCUGAAAUGGGAUUGCUCGUGGACGUGGUUAAACAAGGUGCAGGGAAUUCCAAUGACGGGAACACUGCGAGAAGGUUUUUUGCAAAUCCUGGGGCAACUGCACAAAUUACGGGAGUGGAUGAGGAACUUAUAAAGAGAUUUGGUGUGAUUCUUCAAGUAAUAUCUUGUGGAGAGUAUGUUGAUGUGGAAAAGUUCCGUGAAUAUUGUGCUACAACAGCUCGAAGAUAUGUCGAGCUCUAUGCUUGGUAUUAUAUGCCGGCAAGCGUGCAUAAAUUACUCCUGCAUGGUGCUGAAAUAAUUGAGCACAACAAUUUUAUUCCAAUCGGCAAACUCUCUGAAGAGGCAUCUGAAGCACGGAACAAAGAUUUUAAGAAAUUCAGAACCUUCCACUCUCGUAAGACCAGUAGGAUUGCUACAAAUGAGGAUAUCAUCCAUAAUUUAUUAAUAUCUUCUGACCCAUACCUGUCUAGUUUUAGACCUAAGAUGAGUCAGAUUCGUAAUAAACCUCUUUCAGAUGAAGCCAAAUUGUUAUUAAAUCAUAGUGUAACUAAGGCAAAUAUUGAAUUUGUAGAUAUAGGAAACCUGUCUGACUGUGACACUGAUUAAUUUAUUGUUUUUUCGAUUUUUCAUUAUGUUAUUUGUGAAACUUGAUAUCUUUUUAAUUACAGCAAUUUUCAAGUGUACUCUAUUUUUUUCUUAUCGAUAGAUGAUUUUCCUUAAAAUUAAAAUACAAACACAAGGUACAAACACACGUACAUAAAUAUAAACACACACACAAUAUUUAAGUUUUUAAAACAUUCACAUCCAAAUAUGGAUGUUAAGUUUUGAUUCAUAACUUCUGAUCGGGACCGUUCGGGAUCGAGGUAAAAUAUCACAUAGCUUUGUUAAGGACUCGGUAACAAUACCUGAAAGUUUCAGCCUGACCGAGCAAGACCGGAAAAAGUUAUAAGGUAAUUAGUUUUCAUUUUCAUACAUUUGAAACACAAAAUGACACAUUACGUGGUGUACAAGACGAGACGAGGCCCGUGAAUACUAUUUAAUUUAAUGUUAUAAUGUAUUCAAAACACCUGCAUACUUUAAAGUGCUAAAAACUAAAUUU